AUGUAUCUAAUAGUCCUUCCAGAGCACCAUGGUGAAGAAUUCGAUAAUGUCCCUACGACAAAACGACAACUUGGCCUCUUCAGCGCCGCUUUUCUCAUUUUCAAUCGCGUCAUAGGGACUGGCAUCUACGCAACUCCAAGCAAUAUUCUACGCGCCUCCGGCAGUGUCGGCGUCGCUUUGAUCAUGUGGCUUGUCGGAGCGAUUAUUGCCGCAUGCGGGACCAACGUUUACAUUGAAUUGGGGACUGGAAUACCUAGAAGCGGAGGAGAGAAGAACUAUCUAGAGUUUAUCUAUCGCAGACCAAGAUUCAUGGCCGCGUCUAUUUUCACCGUAUACGCCCUCAUAAUGGGAACGGCGAGCGCGAACAGUGUCGUCUUUAGCGAAUACCUCCUCCAUUCGAUGUCGUUUCCCCCAUCACGCCUCAACACUCGCUUAGUCGCCUUCCUUUGCCUAACAUUCAUCUUCCUAAUUCACGGGACCCUCCUCAAAUGGGGUCUAAGGCUUCAAAACACCCUGGCCGUUUUCAAACUCGUCGUUCUGACUCUGAUAGCUUUGGCAGGGAUUUUUUGUUUAUUCGGCGUCCCUGGCUUCGCCGUGCGUGUAGGAUAUCAGCAACCUCACAAUUUCGAAUGGAACAACUUCUGGGAGGGAAGUGGUACCGGAGCGAAUGCAUUUGUAAGUGGGCUAUAUAACGUCAUUUGGUCGUUCAUCGGAUACUCAAAUGCAAAUUAUGCCCUUUCCGAGGUAAAGAACCCCGUUAAGACCCUCAAACGUGCCGCUCCUCUGGCCAUGUUCUUCGUGACUUCCGUCUAUCUCCUCAUUAAUGUUGCCUAUUUUGCGGUGGUGUCGAAGACUGAUAUUUUAGAAAGCAAACACAUUGUAGCCGCCCUGUUUUUCCGAAAUUUAUUUGGUCCGACUACGGAGAAGGCUCUCAGCGCGUUCAUCGCGCUAUCAACGUUAGGCAACCUGCUCUCUGGACAAUUCUCGCAAGGAAGAGUAAUCCAGGAACUCGGACGUGAAGGGAUAUUACCAUAUUCCUCAAUAUUCGCAAGCAACAAACCAUUCGGGGCUCCUUUCUCCGGCCUCUUGAUGCAAUAUUUGGUCUCGUGCACGUUUCUUCUCGCCGUACCACCCGGAGACGUAUAUCUCUUCUUGAUCAGUCUAUCGUCGUAUUCCGCCUCACUAGUCAACGCUCUCGUCGCAUUCGGGCUCCUUUUGCUAUACACAAAUUCCUACCGAAGCUGGGACUGGAAUCCGCCUUUCCGAGCGCCCAAACUCCUCGUCAUGGUCUUUUUCAUUUCAAACAUCUUUUUAAUCGCGGUUCCAUUUAUUCCGCCAACGUCAGGGUCUAAAACGUAUGAGACGCUUCCGUAUUGGUCUCAUUCUGUCGGUGCAUUCUCCGUCUCCCUCGUCGGCAUUGGAUAUUGGUAUAUUUGGAGUGUGUGGCUACCCAAUAGGAAUGGGUAUACCCUCGAGAGGGAUUGGACUCUCCAGGAUGAUGGUGUACCGAGGUGGACGUUCCGUAAAGUUCCUGUACUGGGGCGAUAG